UCCUUUCCUUAGCACUAAGCGUCCACAAAUUAACUCUCCCUCUCCUCGCCUGAUAGAUACACCUUACCAGCAACAAUGACAAUGGCAGCUACUAUCUCUCUUCUCUUGUUUGCGCUCCACUUGUGCCUUAGAGGCACUUAUGGGGACUCCGGAGGGUGGCAAGGUGGCCAUGCCACUUUCUAUGGCGGGGGUGAUGCUUCUGGGACAAUGGGAGGUGCUUGUGGGUAUGGCAAUUUGUACAGUCAAGGGUAUGGUACUAACACUGCAGCACUUAGUACUGCCCUUUUCAACAAUGGCUUGAGCUGUGGUUCUUGUUAUGAGAUGAGAUGUGACAAUGAUCCCAAAUGGUGCCUCCCUGGGUCCAUCACCGUCACAGCCACUAACUUCUGCCCCCCCAACUCUGCCUUGUCUAAUGACAACGGUGGCUGGUGUAAUCCUCCCCUCCAGCACUUUGACAUGGCUGAGCCAGCUUUCUUGCAAAUUGCUCAAUACAGAGCUGGAAUUGUACCAAUCUCAUUCAGAAGGGUCCCCUGUGUCAAGAAAGGAGGAAUAAGGUUUACCAUCAAUGGACACUCUUACUUUAAUUUGGUGUUGAUCACAAACGUUGCUGGAGCAGGAGAUGUUCAUUCAGUGUCGAUCAAGGGUUCUAAGACAGGGUGGCAAGCUAUGUCAAGGAACUGGGGCCAGAACUGGCAAAGCAAUUCUUACCUCAAUGGCCAAAGUCUUUCUUUCCAAGUCACCACAAGUGAUGGUAGGACUGUGACUAGCUACAACGCAGUGCCAGAAAACUGGCAAUUUGGCCAAACAUUUUCAGGCGGUCAAUUCUAGCUUUUGAAGACAAACAAUUCUCAUUGAUUGUUGUGUGAUGACAUCUAUAUAUGGUUUGCGAGAGAAGAGAGGGGGUAGGGUAGGAAAGGCAUGGCCAAUAUGUCUGGCUGUUGCUGAGGUGGUUUAUUAGCACCCGCUGGGCCUUUAUAUAUGCAGCAUAAAAUUGAAAGAUAUAGUUCCUUUACAGUUUACAUACAUAGGAAUGUUCAUUCGUCGCCUUCUGUUUGAUUUCAAGGCCAUGAACAUCGUUAUUGGUUUGGUAGAUUUAGUCCCCAAUUUGGUCUGAAACCCAGUUGGAACAUUUAAAUUUGCGUAGUUUUACUGUAUACUAAUUAAUUUCUUUGGUCUUGUACUUAUCUACGAAUAAAAAUCCGUCGUGCAUUUAUGUAUCAUCAAA